GAGUGACGUAUUGCGUUGUAAUACAGAGACGGCGUCGGAAUGUGUUGAAGGUCUGCUAAUAUAUAUAUAUAUAUAUAUGUUCUGGGUCCGUGCAGGCUGGGAAACCUGACUUCCUCACACUUUUAAAAGCACAGUGUAUGUGAAAUUAGCCGGGUUUUGGUAGUGGUCUGCUGUGGACCCCAAGCUGAUGUUCUAUACGUGAAAAACACUUUCAACCAGCCAAGCAGGAAACCAAGGAAAGGUGCCAUGUCUAACAGAAAAUCUGAUGGCUCCAUGGGUGACAAGUCUCUUCUUGUUCCGGGGAGCUAUUUCAGCUCAGCCCUUACGCUGGACCAGCCUUCAGGACGUUCGGCUUCGAGCAUCGACCUGUCCACUGUCAGUUCACCAGAAGAUGAGAGGAGAACUGUAGUGCUCAGCACCCAGAGUAAUGCAGCUCGGAAGCGGGGCACUCAACAGCUCAUUCCCAAGAACCUGGCUGUGACUAGCCGGCCAAAAAACCGCCACCACACGACCGUGGUGACCCUGCCCGUCCCCCUGCAGGUCACGGAUAUCUCCUGGGAGGACUAUGACAGCGAUGCAGGUGAUGGGUUUUCGCUGAGGAGAAACCGCAGGAAUCAGUCGUACCGUGCUGCCGUCACCAGUUUGAAUUUUGAUGCUUUGCCAAACGAACUCCAAACAGAAACGCUGACACUUGUCAAUGAAGCGAAGGGGGCCAACCAAAAGCAAGCACACAAAUCGGGACGCAAGAGAACAUUGGGGAGGAUCAGGAACAGAAAACACGCUGGCUCAUUUAAAGAUGAUCCGCGCUUUUACCAGGAAAUAAGGGAGCGAGGUCUGAACGCCAAUAACCUGAGCACCGAGGAUGAUGAGUUCUCACCGACCGAGCCACCAGAGGAUCAGGGCAUUGUGGUGAAGAACUACAGGGCAGCGUACAUGACAUGGAGUCAACUACCACAGGUGAAGGAUUUGGGCAUUUUGGAUAACAUCUCCUCUGAAGAACGCAAAAGACAAGAAGCCAUCUUUGAAAUCAUCACAUCAGAAUUUUCCUACCAGCACAGUGUAAGCAUCCUGGUGCGUCAUUUUAAGGAAAGCGCAGAUUUGAAAAAGACCAUGACCACAACGGAGCACCAUCACCUGUUCUCCAACAUAUCUGUCAUCCAGGAAGUCAGCAAACGGUUUUUUGAAGAUCUGGAAAAGCGUCACCAAAAACACCCUGUGAUUCACGACAUCAGUGAUAUAGUGAAAAAUCAUGCGACUCACCACUUUGAGCCGUAUAUUGUGUAUUGUUCCAAUGAGACUUUCCAGCAGAGAACGCUCCAGAAACUACUGUCAAGCAACACUGCGUUUCGAGAGAGUUUGAAGCAGAUUGAAGGCAGCGAAGAGUGUGGAGGCUUACCCAUGAUCUCCUUCCUCAUCUUACCCAUGCAGAGGGUUACUCGUCUGCCACUUCUCUUGGACACCAUCUGUCAGAAAACCCCAGACGGUACAGCUGAAUACUUUGCUGCCCGUUGGGCUUUAAAAGCUAUCAGUAAGCUGGUGAAGAACUGUAAUGAUGGAGCACGGAGGAUGGAGCGGACGGAGCAGAUGUACACCAUCCAGAAACAGAUGGAGUUUGGUAAAAUCAAGUGGGCUGUUAGGGUUAAGUGGUGCUGGUAUGUCUGUAACACUCCUGUUUUAUUUAGUGAGGAGAGUUAUGUUGUGUUGGACUAUGCCACUGUGGAGAAGGUGGAGGUGGAAGAGGCAAUCACAGAGUCCAAACUCAAUCUGAAGCUGAUAAUGAAUCCCAACAGCGAAGGCCGUUGUGAACAGAUGAUAUUCGUUGCAGAAAGCAAGCUGGACAAAGCUCGAUGGGUCACAGGUCUCAGUGAUGUCAAACAAAGCAACAGCAUUGCUAAUGAUAGAUUCCAAGAUCUGCCUCAAUAUGAAGCUAGCAAAGCCUAUAUGCCAAAAGCACCAGAUGAGCUGAGCCUGCAGCAGGCAGAAGUGGUCAUCGUUUUACAGGAAGUGGACGGUUGGUGUCAUGGAGUGCGGAUGAGAGAUGGCGAGAGGGGUUGGUUUCCUGCCAGCUGUGCCACUCAGAUCACGAACCGCACUGCGAUGGAGAACAACAUACAGCGCAUGGCUCGACUACGCAAGGAGACCGACGUCUGAGCGGAGUCUCUUAACUACACCAUGGAACAAACUGUGCUUUCGGACACCUGAAACAUUAGGAUCUCUGUAAACCGAGUGUAAUGUGAAUAAGAACACUGUCAGCAUGAACUGCUUAGUUAAACACCACACACACACACACACACACACUAGAAGAACUGUUUCUGGUUUUAUUUCAGCUUGCCUUUGUUAAAAUUCAUGUUUGGAUACAUAAAAAGUUAUUUAAAAAUGUCAAACUGACCAGAUAUCAAAUUACUUUUAAAAACCAUUUGGUGUAAAAACUUAAGA